GGAAACUAUACAACAUUUGUUAUUGGGUUGUGUCUUUAGCUUUGAAGUUUGAUUUCUCAUCCUGCGGCCGGCUGGACUUGAGCGAUUCACGCCGCGUGCUGAUGCUGAACUGGUCGACUGGUGGCUUUCUGCUAGGAAGCAACUCACUAAGAAUCUUCAUCGCGGUUUUGAUUCCCUGGUGGUACUAGUCACUUGGUGCAUUUGAAGAGAGCGAAACAACCGAGCUUUUAAUCGUGCCGCUUCCUUGCCCAAAGUUCUCAUCAGCACGAUCCGGGAUAAGGGACGAUAUCGGUGCUUGUCCGGCAAUAGACGUUUGUUGUUGCUUCUUUAACCUCUAUAGCUCUGCUAGGUUUCUUGGAUUUGGUCUUCGGUUCCAUAACUUUGGGUUUUGUUUUUCAUUGUUGUAUCUCCCGGCUCCCGAACGCCUGAGCGUGAAAGAGCAAACUUCUGUGUUUUUCCUCUUAAUGAAAUAACGUGUCUAUGCGCGUUCUCGAAAAAGAACACGAGGCCGACGAAACCGCAGCCAUGGCGGACGCGCCUUCGCCGACGGCAGCCGCAGAGCCGGGGUCCGCGUUGACGCCGCUGCUGCGGCAGAGGGGGUCGUACACGCGGAGCAUGUCGCACUCGCGCGACGAGCUCGGCGGCUUCCGCUCCUGCCUCCGGUGGAUGUGCGUCGACCACUCCGACCGCGCCAGCGCCGCGGCGUCGUGGUUCGUGUUCGCGUUCCUCGCCGUCGCAGUCCCCGCGGCCGCGCGCGUCGCGCUGCCGCACCGCGCCUACGACAUGCAGGUGCAGGCCUCGCUCACGCUCUCCGCCGCGCUCGCCUACGUCACGCUCUCCACCCUCGUACGCCGCUUCGGACUGCGCCGCCUCCUCUACCUUGACCGCCUCCGCCACGACUCCCAGGACGUCCGCGCCGGGUACAUCGUCCAGCUCGCUGGCUCCAUCCGCCUCCUCGCCUGCUUCGUGCUCCCCUGCUUCCUAGCCGACGCCGCGUACAAGGUCUUCUGGUACUGCGCGAACCGGCCCUUCCCGCCGUGGUGGUCGGCAGCGGCGUGCGCGCUGGAGAUGGCGUCGUGGAUAUAUCGCACGGCCAUGUUCUUCAUGGCGUGCGUGCUGUUCCGGAUCAUAUGCUACCUGCAGAUCCUACGCAUGACGGGGUUCGCGCGGGACUUCGGCCAGUGCGCCGACGUCGCCACCGUGCUGAGACAGCACCGCCGCAUCCGAGACCAGCUCCGUCAGAUCAGCCACCGCUACCGGAGGUUCAUACUGUCCUGCCUCAUCCUCGUCACGGCAAGUCAGUUCUCCGCGUUGCUCGCCGCCACGAGACCGCGCGCGCAAGUCAACAUCGCCACUGCCGGCGAGCUCGCGCUGUGCUCUCUGAGCCUCGUCACCGGCCUGCUCAUCUGCCUCCACAGCGCGGCCAAGAUCACGCACAAGACGCAGGCGAUCACCAGCAUCGCCGCGGCAUGGCACGCCGACGCCACCAUCAACAGCCUGGACCGUGACCAGGAGAAACCCAUGACGCCCAGCAAGGCGUACCUGCAGCUGCAGGCGCCCACAAGCCCCUUCCCUGUGGUGAGCACAUCGUCCGGCGAUGAGUCCGACAACGACGAGUCCAGGAGCGAGGACAGUGUCGAAACCUCAAGGUUCACGUCUUUCCACGUCACCAACAUCUCGUUCCAGAAGAGGCAGGCUCUAGUGACCUACCUGGAGAACAACCAGGCGGGGAUCACUGUGUUCGGCUUCGUCGUCGACCGGACAUGGCUGCACGCGCUGUUCAUGAUCGAGUUCUCGCUAGUGACGUGGCUGCUAGGCAAGACAGUCGGCAUAUCUUAAGGCCGGGCUGAAUACCUACCUGUGUAUGGUAUAAUCAAGAAUUUAUCGCUCCUGUGUGAUCAUAUAUUGGAAAGUUUCAGGUAGAACCUGUCAUUCUGAAUGUAUAAAAUUGAGCUCAUAUAGUAGAGUAAUUUUUUCUGAAUGGAGAUUUGACA